GCCUGGAGGCAGCAGGGACCCCUGGGGGGCAGGAAACCCUGGGAGGCCUCCAGCCUGUGGACUGGAGAGGAAAGACAGGACGUCUGGGGCCCAUGAAGGGUUGUGGUGGGGCCCUCAAAGACCUGAGUUCUGGUCCCCUCGGCCCUUCUUUGGGCAUAUCCCCUCAGUCUUCCCUCCUGUAAAAUGGAGGGGCAGGCCCCCAUGCUCUGCUGUCUGCCUCAGCCCUGGCUGACUCCCUUCUUUCCUGUCCUAGGCCUUGGGCUUGGGUGGGUGGCAGGCCCCUUCCGGCUGGCCCUCUGCCCUCCCUCCCUCCCUCUGGCUCUGCCCAGUCCCUGCCAAUCUGUGAACCUCCCAGGAGCCUCUGCACCCCCUGAGUCCCCUGGGAGGCCCUGGGAAGAACAGCCAGCAGUAAGGAAUCGCAGAAGCCCUUCUGAGGGAGACCUCUCCAGGGACCCCCCCGCCCCAAGGAAGAGAUCACCGCAAACGCAGGUGCAGCAGCCCCUCAUGGAGCUCCCGGGCACGCCGCCCCUGCAAGAGGUCCCCGGGGAAGAGUCCCUGCCUGAGGACUCAGGCCUGCAGGUGACGCCCAGCACGCACAUUCUCUACGUGGGCCACCUGAACCCCCAGUUCUCAGUGCCUGUGCUCACCUGCCUGCUGCGAGACGCCCUGGAACGGCUGGGGCUGCCGGUGGCACGGGAGCACAUCGAGGUGGUGAGGCGACCACGGAAGGCCUACGCACUGGUGCAGGUGACCACCACCCACAGGGACAGCCUGGCCUCCCUCCCCUGGCGCCUGCAGACGGCCGUGGAGGAGCACCAGAUCCUCAAGGAGCUGGUGGCCCGCGGGAAGGAGCUGGUGUUGGGUGACGGCCGAGGGCCCUCGCGCGGCAGAGAGCGGGAGGACGACAGCAGCCGGAGCCCGAGCCCCAGCCCUGCCAACAGCCCCCCGGCACGGGCCCCGCAGAGGUCCCAGGACCGGCCCAGCGGCGCACGCUCCGACAGCGCCAUCGCGCACCAGGAGGUCCCGGGCCAGGAGCGCCUCUUCCAGGGCGCCUUCCUGGGCAGCGAGACGCGCAGCGUGGAGUUCAAGCGCGGCGGCGGCGAGUACCUGAGCCUGGCCUUCAAGCACCACCUGAGGCGCUACGCGUGCGCCUUCCUCAACGGCGAGGGCGGCAGCCUGUUCGUGGGCGUCGAGGACAGCGGCCUGGUGCGGGGCGUCCCCUGCAGCCACCGCGACGAGGACCGCGUGCGCCUGCUGGUGGACUCCAUACUGCAGGGUUUCCAGCCCCAGGUCUUCCCCGACGCCUACACACUCUCCUUCAUCCCCGUGGUCAGCACCAUCGCCUCCCCCACCCCCCUCAAGGCUGCCCCAGGAGCCGGAAGAGCCAGCCAGGUGGGAUUAGCGACCAGAGUUGCUGUCGCCCUUACCAAGGUGAUCCGCCUGAGCGUGCGUGCCCCCAGGGCCCAGGCCGAGCCACAGCUCUAUGAGACUGACCAGGGGGAGGUGUUCUUGCGUCGGGAUGGGAGCAUCCAGGGCCCGCUGUCUGUCCAUGCCAUCCAGGAGUGGUGCAAGCAGAAGUGGGUGGCGGAGUUGCGCACGCUGCAGGAGAGGGUGAAGGUGCUGACGGCGGAGGAGCAGCAGCUCCGGCAGCAGCUGAAGCAGCAAGGCCCCGGCUCCCGCACCUGCUGCGUCCUGUGAGGGCCCCAGUCGGCGAGCAGGGCCGGGCACCGGCAGGCCAGCUCUCCCUGGCAGAUGCAGGAUUUCCUGUCUGAGCCGAAGUCCUCCCUUUAAAACCCGUCUGGGCUGUUCAGAGGUGGACGGGAGCGCGACCAUCCUCGCUCCUUCGACAACCGCACACGCACGGGCUUCAAUUCCGAGCCGACCCCCGUCUGUGUAGCUGAGAAACUGCUCUUAGCACGAUCCCCAAGGAACCUUCCUUCCGGAAAGAACUGGUAAAAACUUGGCCAGGGCGAUCGGAGGGCUGAGCUGUGAGGGACAGUCCUACUGCCUCAGAAGCUCCCUUUGCCCAGCCCGGGGUCUGCGACUCCAGUGGCGAGACGGGGCCAGAAAGGAAUGCGUCACACGGGGAAAGCCCUUUUGCAGAUGGCCAGGCACGCUCGGUAACCGUGCCUGUAGGGCAAACAGGCCACCCUGCAGCCACCACCCCAGGCUUGCUGGAACUUGUGACUGUCAAAGCGCUUUAAUAAAUCACAUGCACCCUG